AUGGUGUCAAAAAUCGGCCCUGUUGUUGAUCUGACCAAGGUCGACAAGUCGGAAGUCCUUUGUUAUUACGCUAUAAAGGACAACGACUAUAGCGGUCACAUAGGAGCACGAGUCUCGUCCAUCUUUGUCAUCUUGUUUGUCUCAUCGGCAUUCACCGUCUUUCCCCUCGUAGCAAAGAGGGUUAGAAUAUGGAGAAUCCCUAAAUCAGUCUACACAUUUGCACGCUUCUUUGGUAGUGGAGUCAUCAUCGCCACUGCCUUCAUACACCUGCUCGACCCGGCUUACAAACGCAUCGGACCCGGAACGUGUGUUGGCGAGUCCGGAAAUUGGGGUAGCUAUUCAUGGUGUGCAGCUAUCGUUCUUGCUGCUGUACUUGGUAUCUUCACACUUGAUCUCGUAGCAGAGGUUUACGUUGAGAGGAGAUUUGGACAUGUGAAAGAUACGAAUGCAGCAGAGGUAAUGAUAGACGCAGGCCAUCAAAGCAACAUCCAGUCCUCUGAGUUUCUGAAUCGCUCGGUCGAGCCGAAAGAUGUAGUCGACCACGAGUUGGCCUCCACGGAAGAUUCUGUGCGUAUCAAACAGUUAUUCUGGCAACAAAUUACGGCAUUUUUGAUUCUCGAGUUUGGGAUCAUCGUCCAUUCCGUCAUCAUCGGCCUGAACUUGGGGGUCACUGGCUCAGAAUUUGCUACUCUGUACCCUGUUCUCGUGUUCCAUCAGUCCUUCGAGGGUUUGGGUAUCGGCGCCCGCAUGUCGGCCAUUCCCUUUGGUAAACGGACCUGGCUCCCUUGGAUUCUUUGCGCAGCCUACGGACUGACAACACCAGUGUCAAUUGCUAUUGGCCUCGGUUUGCGUCACACUUAUACACCCAAGUCAAAGACCGCGUUGAUUAUCCAGGGCGUUCUCAACGCUAUGUCAGCUGGCUUGUUGAUCUACAGUGCUUUGGUGGAACUAUUAGCAAGAGACUUUCUUUUCGACCCUAAUCGUACUACACGUCGAUCAGGUCUUGCUUACAUGUUCUUCUGCAUGCUGCUUGGUGCUGGAAUUAUGGCACUGAUAGGUUAUUGGGCCUAA